GCCGUUCAUUAUGAUGUGUACCGCUCCGGAGUGGCUCAGAGUGACCGCACUGCUCUUCGUGGCUAGAGCGGUUCCAGCUAUGGUGGUUCCUAACGCCACUUUGUUGGAGGAACUUUUGGAAAAGUACAUGGAUGAGGAUGGUGAGUGGUGGACAGCCAAGCAGAGAGGGAAAAGAGCCAUCACAGACAAUGACAUGCAGAGCAUCUUGGAUCUCCACAACAAACUGAGAAGUCAGGUGUACCCAACGGCUUCUAAUAUGGAGUACAUGACAUGGGAUGUGGAGCUGGAGAGGUCUGCAGAAUCCUGGGCUGAAACCUGUUUGUGGGAGCAUGGACCAGCAAGCCUGCUGCCCUCCAUUGGACAGAACUUGGGAGCGCACUGGGGAAGAUAUCGACCCCCGACGUUUCAUGUACAAGCGUGGUAUGAUGAAGUGAGAGACUUUAGCUACCCGUAUGAGCAUGAGUGCAACCCAUACUGCCCUUUCCGAUGCUCUGGCCCUGUGUGCACGCACUACACUCAGGUGGUGUGGGCAACCAGCAGCAGGAUAGGCUGUGCCAUCAAUCUGUGCCACAACAUGAACAUCUGGGGGCAGAUAUGGCCCAAGGCAGUCUACUUGGUGUGCAAUUACUCUCCCAAGGGAAACUGGUGGGGCCACGCCCCUUACAAGCAUGGAAGGCCUUGCUCAGCUUGCCCACCCAGUUUUGGAGGAGGCUGUAGAGAAAACUUGUGCUACAAAGAAGGGUCAGACAGGUACUACACCCCGCGUGAAGAAGAAACCAAUGAAAUUGAGCGGCAGCAGGCUCAGGUCCACGACACACAUGUUCGGACAAGAUCGGAUGAUAGUAACAGAAAUGAAGUCAUCAGCACCCAGCAGAUGUCUCAGAUUGUCUCUUGCGAAGUGAGAUUGCGAGACCAGUGUAAAGGGACCACUUGCAACAGGUAUGAGUGCCCUGCAGGCUGCUUGGACAGUACAGCUAAAGUCAUUGGAAGUGUCCAUUAUGAAAUGCAAUCCAGUAUCUGCCGAGCUGCUAUCCACUAUGGGAUAAUAGACAAUGAAGGCGGAUGGGUAGACGUCACUAGACAAGGAAGAAAGCAUUACUUCAUCAAGUCCAACAGAAAUGGCAUUCAGACAAUUGGCAAAUAUCAUUCUGCUAAUUCCUUCACAGUCUCCAAAGUAACAGUUCAAGCUGUGACGUGUGAAACUACAGUGGAACAGCUCUGUCCAUUUCAUAAACCUGCCUCACAUUGUCCAAGAGUGUAUUGUCCUCGCAACUGUAUGCAGGCAAAUCCACACUAUGCUCGCGUAAUUGGAUCCAGAGUUUAUUCUGAUCUCUCUAGUAUCUGCAGAGCAGCAGUGCAUGCUGGGGUGGUUCGAAAUCAUGGUGGUUACGUGGAUGUCAUGCCUGUGGACAAAAGAAAGAUGUACACCGCUUCUUUUCAAAAUGGAAUCUUCUCAGAAAGUUUACAGAACCCUACAGGAGGAAAGGCAUUCCGGGUAUUUGCUGUUGUGUGACGGGGGCACUCGGAAAGAGACUGGAAAGACUGCGCCACAUGCCACGAUUCUGAAAUUUGUAUAGAACUGUAACUGUACAGAAGAAAGCAAGUAUUGCCAGCCCACCCCCAGAGUGCAAAUGCAUGUCACUCUUAAGAAACAAAGUCUAUAAAAUAAAACAUGGGACAUUAGCUUUGGGGAAAGUAAUGAACAUUUAAUGGUUUUAGAAAUCCUGUGUUAAAUAUUGCUAUAUUUUCUUAGCAGUUAUUUCUACAGUUUUUUACAUAGUCGUAAUGUUCUACAUUUCAUAUAUUAUAUUAUAUGGUGCUUUGUAUAUGCCACUAAUAAAGUGAAUCUAAACAGUGAA